CGCCGAGCCGCCGCCGCCGCCCUUCGUGCUGCAGGACGCGGCGCGGCGGCUACGGGACGCGGCGCAGCAGGCCGCCUUGCAGCGGGUCCCCGGCGCCGAGCCCUCCCGCCCGCCGCGCCUGCUGCCGCCCCAGGUGCAGCAGGUGCAGCCUUGAACACGGCCCUUGAAGGACAUAAGCAACGUUCUGGGAGUGACCAGGGGGCUGCUUUAGAGUGAGGAGUCCUUAGGCCUGACACUGCAGCUGAGACCUGAAUGCCCUUUAACGAACCAGCCUGCGGAGCUUUUCCGGUGGAAGGUGUGGCCUGUGCAAGCGCAGGGGCCUGGGACAGAGUUAAGCACACUCUCUUAGUCCUAAGUCCUCUGGUGCAGGACUUACCAGCCUGAGUGGCAGUGCCCAGCACAGUGCCCGACAUAGACUUAAUGAACGAAACACAUUGAAAGCACUCCCUAUACUACAGAAGAUUUCUCAGUGUUAAUUAUUUCGUGGGUCACACAGCUCUUGGCUACUAGGGAAGUUGGAACUAGGGCAUGGUCUUCCAAGCCCAGAGGGUCCCGUGUAGCUCCUGAAGCCAGAGGUCCUUCACAUCCUCUGUAAAGCCACAUCCCCUUUCAGAGCUGGGGUUGCAAAUGACACUGGCGAGUCUCAUCCCAAAGUUGCUGGAGAGAUGCUGCUUCCACUGGAAGAAAUAGAUGGAGAAUAGAAUCCACAGUGUUCGUUGUUGUCAUUGCUGUUAUUAACAGUCUUCAUUGUUUUUUUAUUGUUUUUUCCACGGAGUGAUUUUGGCUUAGAGUUGUACCCACUUGGUGAUCAAGACUGGGAAGCUGUCUUGCUACAGUUGGAGAAGACAGCUAUGAUUCUGCCCAAACGAUUUCCUAGUGGUGUGACCUUGAGUAUCAACCUCUCUGGGCUUUGCUUCCUUUAUUUGCAGGAGGAAUGGGUUAUUGGACAAGCCUCAUAGCUCAUACUCUGCUGAAGAAACAAAGGUCUCAUGCAUAGGGGGCGCACAGGAAGUCUGGAGUCAGGAGGGUGAUGGUGGCUGCUGUUUGCAGAGCCUCUGCUCCAUGUGUGGCACUCUGCCAGUCCUCGUCUCAACAGGCUCAUGAACGUAUUUGUAUCAUCGUUUUACAGGGAGGUUGCGGGACUUUGCCCAGGGCUCCCAGGUGUGGCUGCCCUCCACCUGUUGAAUGUGACCCCGGCUUUUUGGGUUUGGUCUGGCAACUUAGAGUCCAAAAAUGACAGUUUCCACAAAACCCAAGCACACCUAAGCAGAAUGCAGCACAUGAUGGUAUUCCGUAGCUGAUCUCAUUGGGAUGGCGUAAAUUCUCCCUGGCUUCACAACAGUGUAAUUUUGCUGUCUGGUCACCUGAGAUACCCUUUGAGCCCCCGCUCUUCCAUGGAAAGCCACGAAAGCAAAGCAGCAACUGGAAGCCAUUUGUGUCAAGGUCACGUCUGCAGAAAUGAAAGAUCAGGAAAGGCCAAUGCCCCCACUGCCCACCAUCCAGCCCAAGCCAGCCCUGAGCCAGCUGCCCGCCAGGACUUCCAGGGUGGUGGGGCCCCGGCCGCAGCCCCUCCUGAGCAGCGGGCCCCGGCCGUGCUUCCUGAGCAGCUCACUUCCCGUUCAGCUGUUGGCGCAGGGGCCCCUGCCGGCCCUCCAGCCCCUGGUUGCCAAUGGACCAGGUGCCAUACCGGCCCCUUCGCCAGCCCCUGACCCACCGGCACUCGCGUCUGUGUCACCCAGCCCAGCGAAUUUCUUUCUUUCCGGCUUGCACACAAAACACACCAAGAAACUCAAAAAGUCCUUAAAAGUGAAAACACGUUCUGGGCGGAUAUCUCGACCUCCCAAGUAUAAAGCUAAAGAUUAUAAAUUCAUAAAAACGGAGGAUUUGGCCGACGGGCACCUGUCCGAUUCUGACGACUAUUCCGAACUGAGUGUGGAAGACGACGAUGAGCAGAGGGAAAAGCAGAUGCUCUUCGACUUGUCCGGCUGCUCCCUGAGGCCCAAGACUUUCAAGUGUCAGACGUGUGAGAAGUCCUACAUUGGAAAGGGGGGCCUGGCCCGGCAUCUUAAACUGAACCCAAGCCACGGCCGGUUGGAGCCUGAGGUGUUGCUGUCUGAGAAAGCCAACGGGACCGUGACUCGAGGCAGGACCGCUGGCCUGACGUCACCGGAGCCGUCCACACCAGCCCUUCAAAGCGAGGAAGGGGCCCAGUCGCCAGGGGCUGGCCCGCAGAAUAGCCAGUCUCUAGAAGUUGAAGAGGCCUUGGUGUCUGAACCAGAAAACGGAAGUUACUCAGCCCUUUUGGGAUCCGAGAGACACCCAGACUCCAGAAGUGACUCGUCCGUGGCCCUGAUGGAGGCCAGCACAGCCGUCGUCGGGCGAAGCAGAGCAGCUCACCCAGCCAAGGGUGUCCGUGCAGCAGGGGUGCAGAGUGCUUCGAGAGCCCGAGCCGGGCUCAAGGAGUUUCUGCACCAAUGUGACCGGGACGCGCUGGUAGAGUUGGCGCUGCCUCAGCUGGCCCAGGUCGUGAGCGUGUACGAGUUUCUGCUGAUGAAGGUUGAAACAGGUCAUCUAGCAAAACCUUUGUUCCCAGCUGUGUAUAAGGAAUUUGAAGAGUUGCAUAAAAUGGUUAAGAAGAUGUGUCAAGACUACCUCAGUGGUGCUGGUCUGUGUUCCCGGGAGCCUCUGGAAAUAAGCAACAGUAAGGUGGCCGAGUCUUUGGGACUCACCGAGUUCCUGAGGAAACAAGAGGCACACUCAUGGUGCGGGGAGCCGGGCCCGGCCGAAGUGGAGGAUGCCUGCCAGCAGAAGCGGGGACACGAGACUGCAGAGGAGGGACUGGCCUGGGCAAAGAGGACCAGAAGAGAAGCCCCAGCCCCGGCCCUGGCCAGCCCAGAGCCUCCUGCCAACCGCGGAGGCCCGCAGAAGCCCCCCACCUGCGCCCCGGCCGCCAGCGAGGGUUGUGCCCCUUACGUAAGUGGGAACGGCUGUUACGACUCAGCAGAAAGCCACACGACACUGGUUUCCAAGAGUGACAGAAGCGUGUUGCCUGCAGACCAGCAGCUCAAAGCCCUUGCUGACUUAGAGGCCAAGAGUGGGUCUGCAGCUCCUGCUCUCUCGUAUCAGCAUGUCGGCAGGCCAAGUCUUUGUCCUCCAUUAGAAGAGCCCAGGACUCAGACGCAGGGACAGGUGGCAGCAUUCCCUGAGGAGAAUGUUCCGGAACACUCUGUAGCCUGGAAGGUGGGGGACAGCCUCAGGCCCCAGGCUCUCUGCAGCACCUUGACAUCCACUGGAGGAGCAGACUCCCUGCCGCCUUCUGGGUCUGGAAGCCUCGAGAUGCAGGACUCCCCCCAGAGAGGCCAGCGGUCCAGCCCUAGCCACAUCCUGCUUAUGGAGGACACAGGCCCUCCGCCAGCAAGGGUUCUGUCUGUGGACACGGAGCUGGCCAACUGUGCCCGCAGGACCGUGCGGGAGCGGGGGCUGGGCCAGGUGGGGUCACCGUCCUCCGACGGGGGUCAGGGAAGCCAGGCAGGGGAUUCGCACCCCUUCCCCUGCGGGCCCGAGGCCUGUGCUGACCAGCGAGGACUGGAGAGUAUUAUUGCUGUGGGUGAAGCUGUGGCUUUUGAAAUUACCCACGGGUGCCACGAGUUGUUACCUCAGGGACAAGAACCUCUAUUUAUUCAGAGCUCCGAUGGGCUGAUCUUGUCCCAUCCGGCUUCCCUCGCGUCUGGGGAGGAGGACCUCGGCCUGGUGGCUGGUGUGGAUGGGCCCGCCCUGCACGCGGGCCCCCGGGAAGGGGUUCCCCCAGAAGGCUCAGAGGCAGAGGCCGCACAGUGAAGUCGGACCACGGUCCGGACGUGCGGGUAUUUUAGCUGGAGAAGGUCUACUUGAAGUAAUGUAUAUUUUUCUAUUGUGAAUACAGAUGCAAAUGAAAGUCUUAUUUAUAAAGAUGUCUUUCUACUUGAC